UAGGGAGGGCUCACCCCAGCUCUGCAGUGCCCUGCCCAGAGGCCCCCUGACUCCUGCCAGCCUCCAGGUCCCCGUGGAACCAAAGCUGAACAUGGAUGUGACUAUCCAGCACCCCUGGUUCAAGCGCACUCUGGGGCCCUUCUACCCCAGCCGGCUGUUCGACCAGUUUUUCGGCGAGGGCCUUUUUGAGUAUGACCUGCUGCCCUUCCUGUCCUCCACCAUCAGCCCUUACUACCGCCAAUCCCUCUUCCGCAGCGUGCUGGACUCCGGCAUCUCCGAGGUUCGAUCCGACCGGGACAAGUUCGUCAUCUUCCUGGAUGUGAAGCACUUCUCCCCGGAGGACCUCACCGUGAAGGUGCAGGAGGACUUCGUGGAGAUCCACGGGAAGCACAACGAGCGCCAGGACGACCACGGCUACAUUUCCCGUGAGUUCCACCGCCGCUACCGCCUGCCGUCCAACGUAGACCAGUCGGCCCUGUCCUGCACCCUGUCCGCCGACGGCAUGCUGACCUUCACUGGCCCCAAGAUCCAGACUGGCCUGGACGCCACCCACGGCGAGCGAGCCAUCCCCGUGUCGCGGGAGGAGAAGCCCAGCUCUGCUCCCUCGUCCUAAGCAGGCAUCUCCUGGGCCGGCUCCCCCGCAGCCCCCCCCCCGUGGUCGGGGGAGCACCCUAAGGGCGGGGUGUCUGUCUUCCUUUCUUCCCCGUUUCUCCUUUACACCUUCUCAGAUGGAAUGAGGGUUUGAGAGAGCAGCCUGGAGAGCUCAGGGUCUCAGGGUGUUCCAGACCCCUCCACCGGCCAGUGGCGGAAGUGACCGCACCUCACACUCCUUUAGAUAACAGCCUGGAGGAGGGGGUGACCUCCGGCCAGGUGCUCCCACCAUGAGGCAGCUUCCCUUCGCCGCGGGCUCUGCCCACACCUCCCCGGGCUUCCCUUCUGUGUGCCUGCCCUCUCGCAGCCUCUUCUCUCAGAUUGUCUCCCUCCAGCCCCUCUGUGUAGUGCCUGCUGCUCUUGGGUACGUGGGUUGCCCAUGAGAGUACAGCCCACGGCAGUCAAUAAAGAGCAGGUGACACAAGCAA